AAAUAAAAAAAAUCCAAAUCAGUUAACGAAAACACGGACGCGAAAUCAACGAGUUAAAAUCCACUUUUCUAUCUCCCUCUCGCGUCCGAUCUCCCUUUCUCCUCUCUACUCAUCCAAAACAAAAACAAAACAAGUCAACUCAUCUUGUCGGAAAAUUGCAUGUCUUAACUGUCCGAGAUGACUAUGACGACGGAGGAGAAACCAGCUUCAGAUGGCCGAGGAGGUUGGGGUUUCUUCAAGAUCCCGUUUCGAAACUCCAGCGGUCGAGGGAACGCCGCAUCGAGUGCCGCCACGUCUCCGUUUCCAUCGUCUUCUUCUUCUUCUACAUCUUCCCAUCUCCAUAACCAUCACCAUCACCACCACCAUCAUCAUCAGCUUGGCUAUAACGGGCCUCAUGGCGAUGGAUCGGGUCAAAAUCAAAACCCGACUCCUUCUCCUUCGGUAUCGUCUGUGGCUAAGUCGUUUCUGCCUAGGAAACGCAGAUUGAAGCUUGAUCCGUCGGAGAAACUCUAUUUUCCUUAUGAGCCUGGGAAGCAAGUGAGGAGUGCUAUUAAGAUUAAAAAUACCAGCAAAUCUCAUGUAGCCUUUAAGUUUCAAACAACAGCACCGAAGAGUUGCUUCAUGCGUCCACCGGGUGCCAUUCUUGCUCCUGGAGAGACUAUUAUCGCCACUGUGUUCAAAUUUGUUGAGCCUCCUGAGAAUAAUGAGAAGCCAAUGGAUCAAAAGAGCAGAGUUAAGUUUAAAAUCAUGAGCCUGAAGGUGAAAGGUCCAAUGGACUAUGUGCCUGAGCUGUUUGAUGAGCAAAAGGAUGAUGUGUCUAAGGAGCAAAUAUUGCGUGUUAUCUUCUUGGAUCCAGAACGUCCCAACCCUGCACUGGAGAAACUGAAGCGUCAGCUAGCUGAAGCAGAUGCAGCAGUGGAGGAAAGGAAGAAGCCACCAGAGGAAACAGGUCCAAAGAUGAUUGGAGAAGGACUCGUGAUCGAUGAAUGGAAGGAACGCCGAGAGAGAUAUCUUGCACAGCAACAAGGCGAAGGAGUUGACUCUGUCUAAGAAUGAACUAAGAAGAUCCUUCUCAGG